AUGGCACGUAGUGUGUCCACAUAUGUGGACAAUAACAGUGCUAGAGAUGGUGGUCAUACUACCAGUCGUCAUACAACAGACUCGGAGUUACGAACAGAGUCGAUGGUACAGCCCAAGAUGACAAUUAGUAGCAAGCGUUUUAACCUCAUGAGUACAGCAGAGUCUUUAUCUAGUAAUGGAUUAAUACCUACAACUAUUGGUUCUAAUGACUCGAUGAUUGUAAAGAAGAGCAAACACUCUUGGAAAACAAAGAAGAAGAAGAAGAAGAAGAAAUGGUGGUCUCAUAUGGACCGAGAGUCUUUUCGUACGCUUCUUAUGGAACAAAUGAACUCGAAGAGAGUAUCGUCCGUACUACGAAAGUAUAUGGACGAGAUACCAAUUUUAAACAACAAGUGGUCGGACCAGGAGCUUGUGAUGAUAGUCUGUGCACUCAUUAAAAUGAAUCGCAGCGAGAUGGCGCUGGAAGUGCUGCGUAAUCAGAUCAACGAACCCGACCGUGAUCGUCUUAAUCGAGUUGCAGCGGCGAGUGCCAGGUUGGGCAAUGCACAAGUAGCACAGGGGGUUCUGGAGAUCACGAAAUACUUUAACUUGCAACCCGACGUCGUCACUUAUACCAGCGUCAUUCACGCCUGUGCUCGUGGUGGCAAAGGGGACGUUCCGAUGGCGUUGCAUUAUCUGAACGAGAUGAUCAUGGCCGGCGUGGAGCCAAAUGCACGCACGUACGGUGCUGCUGUUCUUGCCUAUGCACAGUUGGGGAGAUGGGAAGAGAUUAAAAAUUUGUUGUGCUCGAUUGCGUACACGGACGACGCGCACAAGAAGGAGGUAUUCACGUGCGCAAUUGUCUCGUGCUCGCGCAAUCGCAAGCAUGACUACGCUUCUCGACUCUUUGAGUUGUUGCUCGAAGACGGUGUUUACCCGGGUGAUAACGUUUGCAAUGCCGCGCUCAGCUCCUGUGCACGGACCUCUGAUCUGACACAGAUUCGUCGCAUCUCAAAGCUGCUCGAGCUCCACGCAACACCCUCAAUCUACUCCUACAACUGCAUGAUCUCGGCAUUUGGCAAUGCUUGCAAAAUGGAUGAGGCGAUGCAAGAAUUCGAAAAAAUGCGGGAGAACCUUGUCGCUACGCCCGAUAUUGUCACGUUUAAUUCGUUGCUAGUUGCUGCUGUGCGCUCACGAGAGGUCCACAGGAUUCCCUUCAUCUUGUCACUCAUGAACAAAGCUGGCUUGAAGUGGGACGCAUACACGCUGAACAUACUGUUGCAGGGAUGUGGGGUAAAUGGUGACGUUAAAAUGGCCGAGCACUACUGGCUAACGGCAACAGAAGGAAAAGCAGCAGACGCGGAUCAGCCUCUUGACACGCAUCGUAUUUCCCCCGAUCGUGCACAUUUUGAGAACCUCAUGGGUGUAUACUACGCUGCGACAGACUACAAAGCCGUCGUAGAUUUAUGGCAAAAGAACAAGCUCUGUCGCCGUCGCACUAAAAGCUCCAAGGCUCUUAAUUUCUUGAUCCGCGCGUGUAAAGGUCUAAAGGAUGACAAGAUGGCAAUGACGAUCCUGUCUGAGUUUGCUGACCGUGGACAUCCACUAUCGCCGAUCACGCAUCACCACAUGCUGGAAGUGUUUCUCGCUGCUGACAAGUACACUGAUGCAUUGGCAUAUAUGCACAAGAUGAUUAAGGUGGAUGGCACGGCAUCCAUAUUCGCGUUCACAUUACUUAUGAAGUACUUGGCAAAGAAGAAUCGCCACUCGGACGUGCUGGAAAUGUUUGACUUGUACCUGGAUACCCGUGAAGCUUCCACUAAGGGGCAGAGCCCGUUGCUUCAUUUCCCAACGGACGCAAUCUAUGUCUUGAUGUUCCGAUCGGCCGUGGAGUUGCAAGACCAUGAAACAGUCCUUAUGAUUUACGAUAAUUUGCCGACUACGAUGUCUGUUGCUGUUCGAACGGAACUGCUCCGGUUGGCCAUAGCAUCAUGCGAGCACGAGGGAGAUUGGCGCACUGCAGUCACGUUGUAUGAUGAUAUGACCGGAAGGCUGGACGAAGACAUUAAUGUGGAGUUGUACAAGCAAGUCGUGAAGAUUGUCGCCAGUGCCGGAGAGUUUGACCGUGCGCUUGACGUAGGCGGUGGAGAAUGGUACCGCCAGAACCGACCCGAUAAGGGCUGGGGGCUUUAG